UGACACAUAAAACACUUUGAAAAUCAAUACAAUUCUACUCGAAUAGGAAAAUGUCGCUUUUGUGGUUUUGCAUGCAACUGGUUUUGCACAGUGUAGCCACAGAUAAUUUUGUUGAUGAGAAUCGAUUGUUUAUACCGCCAGAAGAUAAUAAUUUAAUGAAUUGUGAUGGCAAUUUCGAAUAUUUCGGCUCACGCAUAGCUUGUCCCUCGCUGAUGAAUAUCUACAAUCUUCGUGGUAAGGAGUACAGUGACAUCAAGGAACUAUUGCUCUUUGGCCACAAUGGAUUGCGCAAUCGGCUGGCCAACAAGCUGGAUGCCUGCGACAUGCUGGAAAUGUCCUGGGACAACAAUCUGGCCGAGCUAGCCAGACGCCACCACAAAUACUGCCAGCGCCUUAUAGAUUGUGACAUUACAGCCAAUUUAUCAGCAAAAGGACUAGAUCCACGAGAAUAUAAGAAAGUUGUCAAAGGUCAACACAUCGAUGUGGCACGAAGUAGCUUUUUUCUAAAGAACAUUUAUUCCACAAACUUCAUACCGUUCGUCUUGAGCAGCUGGUACGAAACACAUAUUGAACUGAACUUCCCCCAAAAGGUUGAACACAAGAAACACACGUAUCAUAGGAUUCUUGGUGAUAAUAGUUUUACGCACAUAAUAAAGCCGCAAACCUAUCAACUGGGCUGCUCCUAUGCCAUGUUCAUCGAUGGCCUCAGCCUAAUUUGCUAUUACUAUCCACAUGUUCAUAACAACAAUACGAUCUUAAUCCGAAUAAAGCCUAAGGAAUAUCAAUGUCCUCACAUGUUUCCGAUGUUGGACUCGGUUUUCAAAAGAAUCUGCAAAUAUGUGGAGUGGAAAGUCUAAGGAGCUCCACUUAUCCAAUUAAGCACGUGUUAAGCACUUGAAAAGCCUUUUGCUUAAGCAGCAGUUUGACAAAUUUGGGUAUAUCAGUUGAAGAAGAGACAUGGCCUGAUUACAUACCAAGC